UGAGUUUUGUUGUUUCAAGUGGUCAACACAUGUGCAUAGUGAGAUCAUAAUCGAAUAAUCUAACUACAUGCUUUACCAUGUUUUGUGGAUUCUGACUAUGUAGAUGCUAAUUACUUUAUUAUUAUAAUUAUUUUUUUCUUUAGGAUGAAUGUGGGUAAAAGCUCUGAAUUUUGUUUUUGAUUUAACAAGGAUGCCAUUUUAGACCCGAUGAUACAUUAGACUAAAUUAUUUGAGUUUUUGAAUGUGGCAUUUUUUUUUACUUUGUAGAGUCUUAAGAAUUGUGCUAUCUCUGAUGAUACAUUAAACUAAAUUUUGGGGCUCAGUUGUUGAAUUCUUGAAGUAUAAAAAUCUUCUUGGUAAAUUUUCAUAUCAGUAUUGUUAUUCAUAUAUGGCCUCUUUCUAUUAUGAGUCUAGUUAUUUCUCACUGCAACUAAUCAUUCGAGGAGAGGUUGGAUAUACAAAAUCCGUUUUGAGUUCUAUAAUUUGAUGGCACUCUUAUUUAUUUGUUUAUUUAUUUAUAUUAUGUGGCACUCUUUUAGGUCUUGUCUUAAAAAAAUCUUUAUUUCCUUCUUUCAUUAUUGUCUCUAAUGUUUUUUGCAGCCACAUGUUGAAUUUGGAUUAAAAGUACUUGGUGCAGAUGUUAUGUCCAUUCCUGGCCUAUAUGGGUUUGUCCAGGUAGAUUACUCGUUUAAGUUUCGUUGAUUGAGGCUUAGUUGAAUAAACACAUAAAUACAUGCAUCCAUCUUAUAGACAAACAUAAUUUUCUGAGAGUACAUAUUAAUCCUAAUAUAGUAACUAAAUGAAUAUUGCUUGCAGUUUUUACUUAUCUUUUUUUUUUUAUUAUUCAGAGAUGUUUCAUUCUGUUCCAUGAUAUAUUUCCAUGCUUAAGACAACCAUGUCAAUCCUUUAGGCUUUCUUCAAGUGUUUGGAUUUGUGCUUAUCUCAUUAUUAGUUUUUAUUUCUUUCAAAUUUGUGAUCAGUUUCUUUCUUGUGGUUUGAUGCUCUAUGGUCUAACUUCUUUGAAUUGAAGUACCCUUAAGAUUAUUUUGGUGCUAUAUGUUUCUCAUACCUUUGUAUUCUGCUGCAGAGCUUUUCCAGAGGCUGUUCAGGCAAGAUUUGUUAGUCGCUAGUCUUUUUCGAAAUUUUUUAUCUGCUGAGUGAAUUAUGCGUUCUGCCAAUUGUUCCCCAAUCUCUCAUCCAUUGUUGCCACCUACCCAUCAGCAUCACAUGUGGUAGUACUAAAGGAAACACUAAAGAAGUUAAUACUUACUGUUUUAUUAGUCCGAAAGUCACUCUGUAACUAUUGCACACUGCAAGGAUGCAUGGGACAUGGCUGCUGAGAUACGCCUUUCUCAGCUUCCGUCAUUGGUUGAAGAUCCUACUACAGAGUUCCAGCGUGGAGGUCAGAUUGUCUCUAAGAUUACCCUAGCAAUUGUCUCUAUUGUUUGGUUAGCUGCCGGAGUUUUCUUUUUCAUUGCUUUGCCAAACCAUUCCUGGCUUUGGUUGAUUAACAUUUUUAACUCAAUCCAAGUAUUUAUGAUAGUCAUCAAAUAUAUUCCUCAGGAAGCAAGAGCUCUACUAGUAAGACUUGAGUAUCAAAAGGGUAACAUAGAAGCUGCACUUCAUGUAUUUGAAGGAAUAGAUAUUGCUACAGUGACUCCUAGGAUGAAAGGAUCCAUUUCUAGAAGAUGUGAACAAAAUAGACGCCGUUCAUAGAGUGAUUUUGUCCCACCUAUGUCCAUGCACGCUGUUAGUCUGUUCCUUGAAGCUGUUCUUCUCAAAGCAAAAUCAUUGCAAGGCCUUGGGCGAUAUGAAGAAGCUACUCAAUCGUGCAAAGUUAUUUUGGACACUGUAGAAUAUGCUCUGCCAGAUGGCUUGCCUGAAAACUUCACUUCAGAUUGUAAAUUACAAGAUACUCUAUCUAGGGCUGUUGAAUCACUAUCAGAGUUUUGGAGUUCAGCCAUCAGAAUAAUUGGUGGGUUUUUCACCAGGAAUAUAUGUGAAGUUGUAUUAUUUUGCAUAACUUUUUUUUUUUUUUGUAGCAUAGUUUCUUGAAGUAUUUUUUAAAAAAGAUUUUUGUGGCUGCUUAUUUC